GCUACGCCCGGUGUACAGUGGCCCUUAAAGGCCAUUGUAGUGCAAAUAUAUAGUCAAUAGAGAGUCAUUUAGGAUUGAGCCCACGUGUCAGGAGGGGCAGGAAAAUGCUUCGUCUUCCGGUAGCGACAAUGUCGGCGCGUCGGGCGCUUGUGGCCACUAGAAUGAUGCGUCCAGAUGACGCCAACAUUGUGGGUAACGUCCAUGGUGGGACAAUCCUGAAGAUGAUUGAGGAAGCUGGGUGCAUUAUAGGAACUCGCCACUGUAAUAAUCAAACUGGGGACCGCUGUGUCGCCGCCCUGGCACGAGUGGAACGCACCGAUUUCCUGUACCCCAUGUUCAUUGGCGAGGUGGCCCACGUGAGCGCCGAGAUCACCUUCACCUCCAAACACUCUGUGGAGGUGCAGGUCAGCGUGGUGUCUGAAAACAUACUUUCAGGUGCCAAGAAGAUGACCAACAAGGCAACACUGUGGUAUGUCCCAUUAUCACUUAAAAAUGUGGCCAAAAUCAUCGAAGUCCCCCCUAUUGAGUACUCCAGUCCUGAACAUGAAGAGCUGGGUAAGAAGCGUUAUGAAGCUCAGAAGCUUGAACGAAUUGAAACAAAGGAAAGGAAUGGCGAUGUCAUUACAUCUGUUUCUCUUCCUGACAGACAGACUAAAGAACCAUAUACUGUUGGAUUCAGCCAGUCGAGUCUCAUCCAUCUGAUUGGCCCUUCAGAUUGCACUCUGCAUGGCUUCGUACAUGGCGGUGUGACCAUGAAGCUGAUGGACGAGGUGGCAGGAAUCGUGGCCUCCCGUCACUGCAAGACCAACGUUGUGACCGCGUCCGUGGACGCCAUCAACUUUCACCGCAAGAUCAAGAAAGGUUGUGUGAUCACAGUAUCCGGGAGAAUGACUUUUACUAGUAACAAGUCAAUGGAGAUCGAGGUGUUUGUGGAUGCUGAUCAGUUGGCGGACACGGAGGAGGGGAAAUAUCGCGCUGUCACUGCCUUCUUCACCUACAUUUCUCUGGACAAAGAAAACAAGCCGCUGCCUGUGCCUCCUCUGAAGCUGGAAGGUGAAGAGGAGCAGAAGCUUUUUGAAGAAGGAAAACAGCGGUACCUUCAAAACAAGGCAAAGAGAGUGGCGGAUAAGGAGCGGAAACAAUGACGCCCCACAGUACACGAGCAUAAUACAGCAACAUAGUUCAUAGAACAAUUCAUAGAAUAUUGUCCAAGGUCUUAGUUUAAAAAAGCAAAAAAAAAAAGAGAGAAAAAAUACUCUACUGUUAUUCUAAGUGUAGCAGAAUGGAUGAAAAGGGAACACAAUAUUUUAUCAAAAUCAUACUCUUCAUGUUUGUUGAUAAACUGCUGCAUACCAAAGUACCUUGUGUAUGUAGAUACUAGUUGAA